CAGCUCACGGCUCUGCAGUCGCCGCCCAGUCCGGGUUACGUGGCAGCGCUACCGUCAGCAGUGCCUAGGACGACAUAUUCCAUGCCGGCCCGUAGGACACUGUAAAGGGGCGUGGACUAGCCAUCAGUAGUAUCAGUACCGGUUGGAGAGUCAGCUGCACCCGAUACAUAAUACCGCGGGAUAAGCUCACAGUGCCCUGUUCCAGAAAAUGAUGGAAGAGAGCGGCAUUGAGACAACUCCUCCCGGCACCCCUCCUCCAAGCACCCUGGGGACCGCCGGUGCAGCAGCUGCUCCAGCCAUUGCCACUCCAGUUCCACCAGUUUUAUCUAGUCCUUUUUCUGCUCCUGCUUUCUCACCGCUCCCACCUCCUACUUUCUCUUCUCCCCUUCCACCUUCUUCUGUACCGCCAAUGAGAACCUCGGCCCCUGUGCCAUAUGCUUCACCACCGCAUCCUGUUCCUGGCGUCCUGAGCCCUCCUCCCUCCUCUGUACCUCCAGCUUUUAGCAGUCCAUUACCAGUGUUCCCGGCUGCUACAUUUCCUCCUCCACCACUUAGCUCAACUCCUGCGCCUGUCCAAUCUGCACCACCCAUGGGCCCUCCUGUCGCAGGAUUUUCAAUGUCUUCUACUUACGACAUCACCAAAGGUCAUGCUGGGCGAGCACCACAGACACCCCUGAUGCCAUCAUUUUCUGCACCCCCUGUCACAGUUAUGCCCAAUCCUGUCAUCCAGCAAGCUCCCAGUAUGUCUGUAAGCGGAUCGCCCAUUACUUUCCCAGAGGAACCUGACGACCCCAGGGUACAGGCAAGGCACGAGGAUCUGCCUGCCGGAGGAAUCUGGGGUUUCAUUAAGGGAGUUGCAGGCAAUCCAGUUGUUAAAUCUGUACUGGAUAAAACUAAACAUUCAGUGGAGACUGUGAUCACCACGCUGGACCCAGGCAUGGCUCCUUAUAUCAGAUCUGGAGGAGAGCUGGAUCUUGUAGUGACCUCUAAUAAAGAAGUGAAAGUUGCUGCGAUUCGUGAUGCGUUUCAAGAGGUCUUUGGCAUGGCAGUCGUUACAGGAGAAGAUGGUCAGUCUAACAUAGCGCCACAACCUGUUGGAUAUGCUGCAGGAUUGAAGGGAGCCCAGGAGAGGAUAGACGGCCUCCGCAGGAGCGGUGUGAUCCAUGAGAAGCAGCCUGCUGUGUCGGUGGAGAACUUCAUUGCCGAGCUCCUUCCUGAUAAAUGGUUCGACAUUGGCUGUGUAAUUGUGGAUGAUCCUGUACAUGGUAUCCAUUUAGAGACCUUCACACAAGCUACUCCUGUGCCUCCGGAAUACGUACAGCAGGCCCAAAACCUCACUCCCCAGGAUUACAAUCUCAGAUGGUCUGGGCUCUCUGUAACCAUCGGUGAAGUGCUAGAACGCAGUUUACCCCACGUCAGCAGGACUGAUUGGCAUGUGGCAUUUACAGGCAUGUCACGUCGUCAGAUGAUUUACAGCGCGGCCAAAGCCCUUGCAGGGAUGUACAAGCAACGACUUCCACCAAGGAUCCUUUGAAAACACAGCAGGACUUUAAACAUCCUUUUAAUUAUUGUUGACCAAAACCACGUAGACUUGCUUGUUUGUAAAAUAAGCACCAGGCAGAAAUAAAAUCAUGGAAAUAUCAUGUUUUCUAUACAGUAAUGAGGUUCUGCUUUAAAAUGUAGGCACAAUGUUCAAAAAAGAAAACAA